AUGUUUGGCAAGGUGCUGCAAACCUGUUUGGUCGCUUUACUUUCAUGUUUCAGAUGUUUCCGCCGCUUUGGAGAAUCAUAUGUCAAAGUUCCUUUUCUGGGUGCUGUCUCAUACUUGACGCUGGCUGUUUGUCCCUUUUGCAUAACAUUUGCUGUAAUUUGGGCAGUUAAACGACAAUACUCUUUUGCUUGGAUAGGGCAAGAUAUACUUGGAAUCUCACUGAUAAUCACGGUUCUUCAAAUUGUCCGCGUACCAAACCUUAAGGUUGGGUUUGUUCUUCUCAGCUGUGCCUUCAUGUAUGACAUCUUCUGGGUUUUUGUUUCAAAAUGGUGGUUCCGUGAAAGCGUGAUGAUUGUGCCCGUGGUGGCAGAAGCGGAGAGGAUGGAAUCCCAAUGCUACUAAAGAUCCCUGGGGCGGCUACAGCAUCAUUGGAUUUGGUGAUAUUAUAUUACCAGGACUGAUUUCUUUACCGAUUUUUUUUUAAAGAAAAAGUACAAGUUUAUUUAAUCUAUCAGAAUUGUGAUGGUUAUUGAUCGUGCUGAUUAAAGUUACAAAAUUUGUAUCA